GUGCCACACGCUCCAGCACUGGUCAUACCGACAGUUUUCGCGCGAGCUCCACAGUUUUCAGCGCGCAUCCACCAGCCAGGGUCGUCUCGUCUCCUGUGGCAGGUCCCUGCACUUCGUGUGAAUUGUCGUUUUCUGUGCCCUGACUCACGGAACAGGGUUUUGUGGUUGGUGAUUUGGGAUUUUCCAGUGGACGACGGAGUGUGUUCAGCUGGCAAAGAAAUUCCACUUGAAGUCGCUGUAGACGAGAAGUUGAGAAAGCGAAGAGAGGAUUUUUCCGACACUUGAGCGCCGCUUUAGGAAUUUUAUUGGUUUAUAUAGCGAGAAAGUCAACGCAUGAGGAACACGAUGAGAUCGGAAUUGAGUUUGGAUUUGUCGACACCGACCACGAUGCCUCUGGACGCCAGAAUAGCGGAGUUCAAGGAGGAUCCCGAGCGAAUGGACCAGAUGGCGGAGUUCGUGGACGGGAUUCUCAAAGAGGCGCGCCUGGAGACGGAGAAGAGGCUCGAGUUGAAGAACGCCAGUAAGAAUCGCGAAGAAUUAUCCCACACGCUGUGUCACACAAUUCACACACGGAAGAGCUUUAGCUGUGCAGUUCUUCUUUUUUUUUUUGCUAAAUACCGUGUGAGCUUUAAUUGAUUUCCGUGCUUUCGGGCUGGUGUUUUAUCUUCCAUUUGACCUGCCAGCCAUGUAAUUACAUUAAACUGACUUGUGAGCAUCUUUACUCCAUAUAAUCGCGUGGCGGGAGCGCCCCUUGUCACAUCCAAUGAUGCAUUGCAUGAUGUCUGGUGCUUUCUAUGCCCGCGUCGAGGUAAGGACAAGGCCUAUGGCACAUUCGCCGCACGCUCGCGGUAAUUUUGAUACUUGUUGCCUUUUACCUUUAGCAGUGGAUCUUGUGUUAACUUUGGGAGUUAUCAAUGAGCAGUAUUUUGUAUGAAACUGAACGCAAACAAUCGUAUUAUUUCUGUUUGCUUUGCAAAACAGGCCAUUCAACUAAUGAAUCAUUCCAAUCUGGCAGAGUGAACAAAAAUAUUUGCGCAAUAUUUUGAGGCAAAUCUGAGACGAAAACGCACAGAGAAUUUUCCCAAAAUUAAGUUCCGAUAGCAUUUAUAACAGAUAAAUUCACAUAUUGACCCUCGCUCACUGAGGCGCACGAGCAAUAAUUCCGGGUGGAAUGUUAAUUUGCACGAGAAUGCACAGUGAUUAAAAUGAUCUGAGAUUAGUAAGACGAGACUGAUAAAAGGCAAUUGAGAGCUUGCGUCUAAACUCAGUUAUCCCAAUGUUAUCGCAAAAGAAUGACGACAGCACGAAAUGAAAUUCGCGAGAUAUGAUUGUUUGUUGCUUUUUGUGUCGCUGAAUUUCCUCCUUUUUACUCUAUCCAAUGGCGCGGUAUGUGAAAUCCCCAAUUAUUCCCAGACAGUU